AAAGCGACUCAACGUUUUCAAACAUUUUGGUGUUUGUUUUUUGUAAAAUGAAGUUUAUUGUGGCAUUUUUCUUGUUUAUAGUUUGGCAUACAGUAAAUUCUACUGAGCUUGAUUCUACUGAGCUGAAGUCAUCUAGCAGUUCGGAAGAAAUAAUCGCCGCCACAAAUAUUACAGCUAAUAGAAUUGAUAUCUGGAUCUUUUUCCGUGAAGCAUCUCCCGAUACCAUCACGCCAUCUCCCAAUACCAACGACAUCGGGUACGAGGACGAGGAAAAAAAUGAAAUUCUAGAAAUGAAUGAACAAUGGUUAGCACCUGAUUUUGCAUUUAUUUUGGUAGCAAUCGGCGGAAUUGUCAGUGUUCUGGCAUUUGCACUCAUUUACUACUAUUAUAGACGGCAAAUGAAUUUAAUUAAAAAUGAAGAUUUUGGGAGACAAUAUUUGAAGGAAAAAUUGCAAAGUUUAACACAAUUUAGAUCGAAUAAAGCUGUUCCAAAUCAAUAUGUCUAAUUUCAUAUGAACACUUUUCUACUAAAUAAAGACAUUUUUCAAAAA